CACUCUCACUCUUCUUCUAUCUAUGGGCCAUUUUUUCAGGAUUUCAUCAUCGCACACUCUUAAGUGCCCAAACACAGAACAACCAACAUAACUCUCCACUACUACUACUACUCUUCAAUUCAAUUUCUCUUCAUUCACGAUUUUCUCUUUCUUCUGCCAUUAUUGUUAGGAAUCCGAAUUCAGGGACCAGUUUUGGUUUUACUCUCUCUAGCCACCCCUCGUUUAUUUGUGAUGUGUUUGGGAAAUAAUGGCGCUCACAGACACCAACGCAAAAUAAAUUGAAAGGUAGCGAAAAGAAGGAGCAAAAAUACAAACAACCCUUCUUGUUUCUGAUGUGUGAUGCAUGCACCUCUGGUCCCUUGAUCAUGACCACUGAGACUCCCUUUGCAUGUCGUUUCUCACUCCCCUUUUGAUUCUAUUACCUCAGACGGAGCAAUAGAGGGCGACAAAGCCGGGGAAAAAGUCACCAUUUUCAUUCACUUUUUUUUUUUUUUUCCUUUAUCUUCUCCCCAAAUUUUCUUCACUGGUUUAGGAAUGAAUUUAACACUGCUAGUAGUAUAAUCUGUAAACAAGAGGCUUCAGGGUUCACAGAGAGAGAGAGAAAGAAGAGUUUUUUCAUUGAAACUUGUUGCCAAUUUCUGGCUUCUGACUCUGCAAACGAAAGUGAAUUUAUUUGGCUGCAGUUUUGCACAUGUGUUUGUAGAGUGUAGUACACUAGUUAGUAGUACAAGUCUCCAACACUGCAGAUAAAAACACAGAAUUGGUUUUUUGAUGUUGUCUUCUCGAAGUUAUGGCAGUGUCCCUUCAGAAUAAAAAUGAAGGGUAGUGGUAAAGAGAUCCACGCAGAGCAUCCUCUAUUGAUUGACAAGCUCUGAUUUUGAUGGCGUUUUGUAGUUCAUCACCGUCUCUACCAGAAAAAUACAAGAAACUGGUAUCAUCUUUUUUCAGUUCUCCCAAGUUGUUCGCCAAUUUCACAUCCAAAGUUUUGUUGUGUGAAACUGAGAAUGCGAUGAGUCCAACCUCUAUACUCGAUAGUAAGCCUUUAUCUGGCUUCAAAAACCCUUUUAGGUCAGAAACAAACAGCCCCAGAACCCCAGUUGGCGAACACAAGCGUUACUGGGAUAAACUUGAUUCAAAGGGUCUUGUUGAUGCUCUUGUUGAUGACAACAAGCCUGGGGAAGUAACAUCAAAGUCACAAAGCAGAAUGAUUCUCUUUGGAUCCCAGCUCAAGAUUCAGAAUCCUCCACUGCCUCAUCCAACAGUCUCUCCUCAAUCACCUAAAUCCGUGUUUGGUUCUGCCAAUUCAACCCCUGAACCCUCCAAAUCUUCGAGAGUUUUCACGGGAUCUCUCUCUGCUAGUGAAAUGGAGCUUUCAGAGGACUACACCCGAGUGAUUUCUCACGGGCCUAACCCAAGAACUACUCACAUAUUUGAUAACUGCAUCGUUGAGAGUGGCUGUUUUGAUUUUGGAUGCUCUUCUUCUCCAAUGGAAAAUGUGUUUCUACCUCACCACACCAGUUAUUCCACUGAAAACUUCAUGAGCUUCUGUUUUUACUGCAAUAAAAAUCUUGGACAGGAUAUGGACAUCUACAUAUACAGGGGCGAGAGGGCAUUUUGCAGCCGGGAAUGCCGUGACGAGGGAAUGCUUUUGGAAGAGGGGAUGAACAAAUUGAAAGCUGGAGAUGGAUAUGGGACAUAGUUCAGUUCCUUUAUACUAAUCUACCUUCGUUCCUUACUUGCUUUGCUUCAAAGAACUUCUAAUAAUAACUCUUUGAUUUUUGUUAGCUGGUUUUGCAUAGAUUCAUUUUUGGGACAUAAAGUGGUCCUUAAAGAUCCUGGAACCACUGUACCUGGUUUUGUUCUUUC